AUGAAGAAGAUCGACAGCUUGGGUGUUUUCCCAAGUCCAUCCAAUCAUGUUCUAGUGAAUGAGUAUCUCCCCGGACAAGGAAUCAUGCCACACACCGAUGGUCCGGCUUUCUUUCGGCUCGUCUCGAAUGUGACUAUGGGUUCGCACACGCUUCUCGAUUUAUAUCGGCCAGUGAAUCAAGAGGUAAGUAUACGUUUUGGAAGAAGAGUUUCUGGCUCAUCCACUGGCUCAAAGCUUACUUGA